GGAAGGAGCAGCCGGUUGGCGGGGGCAGGGCAGCCACCUUGCCGAUCCUUCUUUAGUGACGUGUUCCUGAAUCCUGCCUCGCAUCCCGGACCGGACCGGACAGGGCAGAGCAGAGCAGAGCCGCAGGAUGGCUGACGAGACAAGGCAAAACAAGCUGGCUUCGGCAAAGAAAAAGCUGAAGGAAUAUCAACAGAAGAAUACCCCAUUGGUGAAUACUGGAACGAAAAAGAAGAGGAAAAUUAAAGAAGAAAGUGGUCAAGAUUCUUUGAGUAAUGACAGGCACUCUCCGGAGAAUAUUAAGGACCUUCUGAAGGUUUUGGUGUCUGAUCUUAGUCAUUCCAAUGGGGUAGCUCUACCUUCAUUGGACCGAAACCAGGCCCACAGUGAUGGUGAAGUGGGCAGCACCUCCAGUGGACCACUUGCUGAUGACUCUGCUACAUCACUGACUUCUAACACCACCUCUGUUAUUAACUCUGAAUCUGUAGCCUUGCCACUUCACAAUGAUCCCAUCUUGCAGGUCUCUGCACCUGGUGGAGAUUUAAAUGAAAAUUCAGAAGAAAACAAACCACUCUCUUCAACAGAAAGUCUACGCCAGUUGUCCCAACAGCUUAAUGGCUUGCUCUCCCAGUCCUCUUCCCCCUAUAUCAAUGGGGACAGUGCAAUAAUGCCUACUAAUGAAAAAGAACUUGAGACACGUAACCAGGAGCUGGCAGCUGCCUUAGACUCCAGCACCCUAGAAAACACACAACUCAGUGCAAAGAUAAAUGAAUUGACGAAGCAAACUCAGGACCUUACAGAUCAACUAAGUAAGGAACGCAAGGAUUUUGAACAAAAGUUUAUAAAAGAGCAAGCUGCUAUGCGAGAACAGUUACAGGUGCACAUCCAGACGAUUGGCAUUUUGGUAUCGGACAAGUCUGAGUUGCAAACUGCACUCUCUCACACACAGCAAGCAGCAAGACAAAAAGCAGGUGAAGUAGAAGAACUGAGUAGCAGAUUUCAAGCCAGCAGGCAGCGUGUAGCAGAACUUGAACGUACUUUAUCUUCAGUUUCAUCUCAACAAAAGCAACAUGAGAAGUAUAGUAAAGACCUGGAAAAAGAGAGAGACAGCCUUAAGAUUGAAGUAUACAGGUUAAAUAAAAUAUAUGAAGAAGUGAAACAGGAAAGUUCAGAAUUGUCUGAGCAACUACGAUUGAGACUAGUGGAAAAUUCAACAAUGAAGAUGAACAUUGACGAGUUGAACAAGAAAUUGGAGAUGGCUGACCUAAUGAUCCAGCAAUUUUCCAGUCAGUCACAAUCUCCAGGUGCCAGUCAGCAACUUCAUAUGGCAAUGGAGGAAAAGAUUCAGUUGGAGUCACAGAUGAGUCAGCUGAUGGAGUCCAUAGAAAAAUUGAAAGCAGAAAGAGAUCAGUAUGCAAUGCAAAUUCAGGAAGAUGGAAAAGUCUGGAAGCAAAAAACAGAACAGUUAAUCUCCCAGGUAAAGACACUGUCUGAAGAAAAGGAGAACAGUCUCACCCAAAUCCAGGAGCUUGAAGCAUUAGUUUUGGAGUUGCAAAAUAGACCAGUAACAAUGCUGUCUCAAGAGAGUGCAGUGCAAGCAGCACCUCAAGAAAGAGGACACACUGAGGAAGAGACUAAUGCAUUAGGAGAACAAGUGAGAGCAUUGCAGCAACAGAAAGAUGAUAUUGGUGUCCAGUUACAGACUCAGAUUAGAGAUAAUGAGCAACUAAGUCGACUAUGCCAAGAACAGGAGGAUCGACUCUUGGAACUGGAGCGAACAGUGCAGCGAUUUAAUGAUGAAAAUGUAGACCGACAGCAGAUCUUGGAACAUAUGCAGAGUGACAAGGCCACUAUCAGCCGUGCACUUGCACAGAAUCGUGAACUGAAAGAGCAGCUGGCCGAACUUCAGAACGGCUUUGUCAAACUUACUAAUGAAAAUUUGGAGCUUACAAAUGGCCUGCAGUCUGAACAACAUGUGAAGAAGGAGCUUGUCAAAAAAAUGGCAAAGCUUCAAGAGGACCUUCAUGAAGUCAAGGAACAGAUGGAUGUAAAAGUAGCAGAGGCUAAAACACUCCUUGACCAGAGGGAUCAGUAUUUUACUCACUUGCAACAAUACACCACUGCCUAUCAGCAGCUGGCAAUAGAGCGUGAGGAUUUGCAUAAGCAGUAUUUAAUCCAGACACAAUUGAUGGACCGACUGCACCAUGAGGAAGUCCAGGGCAAGGCUCAGCUUGAGAUCAGCCAGCAGGAGCUACAACAGGCCAAGGAUAAUUUUGCCCGUUUAUCCAUGGAAAAUGAAGAAUUAAAGGAAGAAUUAGGAAAGCGAGAAAAUGUAAACCUCAGCACCUUACCUAGGGAUCAGGGUGAUGGUGUGGAAAGCAGUACUCUCUCUGAGGGGAUACCGAGCAGUCAAAUUAUAAUACCAGAGGAUUUUGAGAGCAGAGAAGAAAUGGUGGCCUUUCUGACAUCCACUUUAUCUCAGCUGCAGCGUGAGAGAGACGAAAUCGUUCUUCAGCUAAAGGAGCAAAAACGGCAACACCAGGCAGCCGUUCAGCAAGCAGUACAUUUAAGGAGUGAGCAGCAGUUGCAUACCAUGGCUGUUACAGAUGCAAGUGGUUCUACGAUUCCUAUAGAAAUACAUGAAGCCCUCAGAACAUCAAUGGAAAAGCUACAGGGACGAUUCAUAGAGAUGAUGCAGGCUAAUGUGGAACUUAAGGAAAGAGUGGAGGAGUUGGAGCAUCGCUGUAUCCAGCUGUCGGGAGAAACUGAUACCAUAGGAGAGUACAUUGCCCUGUAUCAGAACCAGAGAGCCAUUAUGAAACAGAGACAUUUUGAGAAAGAGGAGUACAUCAGCAGACUAGCCAAAGAGAAGGAGGAGAUGAAGGUAAAGCUGUCAGAACUGCAGAAUCUAGUGAUGCAGGUGGUGACAGAAAGAAAUGAGUGGUACAGCAAAUUCAUCCAAUCACAGCAGAACCCUGACCUCAUUGCUGGCAGUGUAGAGUCGAGCAUUUCCGCAGAAAGAAGAAUCGAACUGAAUGCAACUGACGGUGGAGAAAUGGCAGACAUAAGUUUAAUGGAUGAGAAUGAAGGGCCGCCUCAGUCAGACGAAGAGAGAAAGCCCCAUCACCAAGAGGAUGCCACGACGCAGCAGAUCAUGCAGCUGCUACAGGAGAUCCAGAAUCCUCAGGCCGGGCCGAGCUCUUUCCUUGGGGAGAACCCCUGUGUUCCCUUCUUCUACAGACUUGAUGAAAAAGAUGAAAUCAAAAUAAUGGUGAUCUGAGUUGCUUGGUGCUGUGACGUCCGUUUCAGUGUUGGAACCCAAAUAAUUGUAACCUGAAGCCAGUGAAAUAACAAAAUGAGGCUUACAGUGAAAGAGAAAAAUAAUAAGUCUUGUAUUAAAAAACUAUAGUAGAAUAUACAGGCUCUUUCUGUCAGCACGGUGUCCAGACUGCACCAUAGCUGGAAUAACUGAGGUCCUAACAUGUUUGCCAUUGUGAUUAGACUUGGCUCAAAUGAAUGACCGCAUGUUAUUUUGUUGCACUUUAAAAAGAAAGCUUUAGUCAGCUUCUGGGUUUCAUUCGGCGCUGUCCGCUCAAACUCUUUUGAUGCACAGAUAGCCAGUGUUGACGACACCGGCUGCUGCUGCUGCCUACCUGUUACGUAAGGCCGCAUGACUGGUUAAAAUUGCUAACUUGGGCAAUGGUGGGAUCUCUGAUGGUUGCUAUUUAUUUUUAAAUAUAAUUGUGUUUUAUUUCAGUAAUUGGUUAUGGGAGCCAUAAUAAUGAUGGUAGUGAUAUUCCAAUAUGUUAAAAAUAAUUAUAUUUGAGCAGUGGCCACCAAUGCAUCAUUUGGGAGGUUCAUGUGAAGGCUGCCAUCCUGCAGAUUUUGAGCUCCUUAAUAAAAAAAGUCAAUUAUUUUGCUAUUGACCAACAAAAACGCACUUUGUACCGAUGAAGAGAUCUGUCUGAUUACCCAUUUGUUCUGUUGGUUGGGACGUUAAAGAAAGGAAAGUGAGAA